AUGAUUGGUGCAGUAUCUUGGAAGCUUAAACUAACGUGUGCUUCAUCUACUGAAGCUGAAUUAUAUGCUAUAUCCGAAUCAAUACCUAGAAUUGCUAACCUCUCUCAUCUAAUAACUGAAAUCUGUGGAUAUCAACCUACAAGGACAAUUUAUUCUGACAGUCAGUCUGGAAUUGCUUCUAUAAUAUCAAAAGACGCUGGUAUUCUAAAGAACAAAUUUUACGGGAUAAGAUUAUUGAAGAUUAUUGAGGAAACCAAGGAUAAUGGUAUUAAUAUCGAAUAUGUUAAUACUAAGGAGAAUAUUGCAAAUAUUCUAACUAAACCAGUUGAAACUAAGACUUUCAAGGAACUGACAUGUGAUUGGAUUUCAUAA